AUCGAGAAGGAAGCAGCGGAAAACAAUGGGAAAGCCGUUGCACCUGAUUGUAAUAUUGCAGCUGUCGUCCGCGUUCGCUUACAGGUACGGUCAUCCUUGGUAUCGCGCGGACACGGAGCGUCCAGUUGACGUGAUCACCGAUGUCGUUAACGAGCUCGGGGUGAGGAUCCUUCAGCAAUAUUUCACGCGUGGAAACGUCGCGUUCUCGCCAACGGGGGUUGCCUUCGUACUAGCGGCGCUCUACGAAGGAUCCGCGGGUAGAGGAAGUCAACAAAUCGCCGAGGCCAUAUGCCUACCAGCCAAUCGGGAUGUUACCAGGAUCGGUUUCAGGGAUAUUCACCGACGAUUACGUAGCUACCUCAACGCCGACGGUUUCCUGGGUGGUUUGACGCUAAGCAGAGAAAAUACCAGACUCCGUCCUGAGUAUGAAGACAUUCUGAGGUUUUACGGCUUCGAUUUGUCGAGUAUUGAGCAAGAAGCGAACGUUACCGUUAGCACGGAAGACUCAUCAGGUAUAACUGAACUUCCGACGUCUACGAUCGGCUCGAGCAUGCCAUCAACAGAGAUGGCAAACACUGAGAAUGUGCCGGACAUGACGACGACAACAUCAACGGGUGCAAUCACGACGCUUCCUCCGGCUGGUGCGGAAACAACAGUCGUUCCAUCGACCGCACCGGGCGUUACUCAGCAAACUGUCACGACGACAUCGACGGGUGCAACCGAUGUACAAUCGACAUUGGCUUCGGUCACCGGCACCGGAACGAUUGUCCAGAAUACAUCGCCGACGCAAUCGAUCAAUUCCUCAACGGCGGUUACUUCCGGCGAAAGUAUUCAGCCGACUCCAUCCGCGGAAACUGUCGUGGGUUCGCCGAAUACGAUUACCCCGAUAGUAAGCACAGACAAUCAACUGAUUCCAACUACAAAUAUAGUCACCGUCGCGGGCAAUCAGGAUCGGCAAACUUCCCCAACAGUCACCGCUGGCGAUAGUGCAACGAGUGCUAGUAGCGUUCCUAACGACAGCGUUCGACCAUCGACAGACCCAGGAACGACAGCAGCAGCUGCGACUGAUGCUGGCGUGACGAUAUCGAUGAGUACUGAUGUUUCAACUUCCGCUACGAAUACCGAGGUACCAAUGACUACAAAUGCGUUGAGUUCGGACUACUCGUCGACUACAAUCGUCGCGGAUCCAAGUUCCGACGCAUUGGUAGCCGCGAGCUCAGUCGUCGUCAAUAUGAUGCCCGCUGACACAACUAUUCCCAAUGCGACCUUGAGUACCGUUACCAUGAAUUCGUUAACUACUGUGGUACCAGUGAUGUUGAAUAGCGCGAACGUGACUAUCUCGAGUCCCGUUACCGAAACGAUGAUGGUGAACGGCGUUAAUUUGCAAUCGAGUACCGAGUCAUCGGCAGAUACUCCGGUCGGGAAUACUUCAGGAAUGACCGUUGCAAAUGACCUCGCAACGACGACUGUGACCAAUAUUGACGAUGCUGUCGCAGUCAGUUCUGCAACGAUCGUGGUACCGCCUGUCUCAGCAACAACAAACGCGAACGAUCUUGCUGGGAAUAACUUCACGAUCGCGAAUUCUAUGAUGAGUUCUAUAGAUAAUCAAACGGGCGCGUCUCUUGUGGAUGAAAAUACGAUUUCGAACCGAAAGAAGAAAGAUAUAAUUAACCUGAUAGAUAGUAUAAUUAACAGCAACACCGUUAAAGAUGAGUCACAUGAUAGACCGCCGAAUCUUCGUAAACGCAAAGCGAGAAAUCUGCGCGGAUAUUUCUCUAGCUAUCCAGACGAAGGUAUUUGGAUGCAAAAUCUAGAAAUUUGGAAGUCGUAUAAUACAGUAAACCCUAGCGAGUCCUCCAUCGGUGAUUCGUCAGCGGAGAUGUCGUUUUUGGUGAACGGCUGCGACGUUUCCUCGGUAUCGGCUUCGAGAUACAUUGCCGUAUUGCCUUUCGCAUAUUUCCCAUCGUUGCAAGCUGUCGCGCUCGAAUUUCCUUUGGACGAUCCCCGAUACAACAUUAUACUUUUCAUGCCCACGGAUAAAACGGACACGCUUCGUCUGGCGAGGGAUCUUAGCGGAAAGUCAUUGAGAUUGUUGAGGAAGCGAUUACAGCCUACUUGGGUCAGGGCCACUAUACCUUCGUUCAUGCUGCGUGGUUUCGUCACAUUGACGUCAUUUUUGCAAAGGCUGGGCAUCCUGGAUGUGUUCGAGCCGAGAGUAGCUGAUUUAUCGCCCAUGACAUCCGAUCUCGGUGUAUACGCUAGAGACGUGCAACAGAGUAUAGGGGUCAAUAUAAGGAAUUAUAUGAAACCCGACCGGACCCAUUCUCGUAAUGGUCUAUUCGAAAGAGCUGGGCCCGAACCCUUUACGGCUUUGCAUCCCUUCCUUUAUUUCAUCGUCGACACCGAGACCUCAGUGAGUUUAAUCGCCGGACGAGUGGAUGAUCCGCUUAAUUCGAGAAUAUUGUAGGGAUAUGAUUUAGAUCUAAGGUUUAAAUAAACACUCGUUUAUUUGACGACACUUAUAAAUAAUUCCAUAAUGUGGACUUCUCCUAUUAGCUCGCACACAAUUAUUAUCAAGUACACGCAAUUAAUAUUGUGCUCUGUACAAAAAUUCCUAUUUGUAAAUAAAGAAAUAUUAAAGAUAAAAAAGUAGCAAUGAGCAUAACUUGAAAUGUGUAGGAUUGAGCAUUUGGAAGAAUAUUUCAAGCUGUCUCACGCUAUAGAGCGAAAGGCUCAAACUUUCUAUACAUCUUGCUAAUCAAUAAAAAAGCAGAUACUUAUACGUUUGUUUCGAAAACUAUGAGAAUUGAAAUCGCAAUUAUUAUGAAAGGAAUUCAUAUUUUUCCCUGAUUUUCUUUAGCUCUUUUGUCUAAGUUACAGAAUCGGCAGUAUCUGGCUUUAAAAUUGACUUCGCAACAAUACAAGUAGAGUAGAUCGACGAUUAUGUAAUUUACAAAUUUACGAUUCUUUCGUAAUUUUUUUUCAGUAUAUACGCGCGCGCGUGUGUGUAUGUGUUCGUGUAUUGUAUUUCA